GACGCCUUGUAGAAUGUUUAAAAGAGUUUUUUUUUUUGUAUAAAAUAGCAUGAUGUUGGUACACUAUUUAACAUGGUGCAGCAGCUACUUCAUAACAAGAAUCUUUUGAUGAUAUAUGAUUAAGAUUUGGGAUCGAAAAGAGAGAUUUGAAUAAGCAAAGCAAGGAGAGCAUCAAUUCAUCCAUUCCAUUGAAUGGGAUCCCUUAUUCCAUCUCUGCUUGUCUUCUCACCUCUUGUUUAUAUAAGUAACCACCCAUGGCUCUUCCCUCUCCACAUCAAUCCUCCCUCCCUUCUCUAAACCCAAUGGCAUCGAGUUCAUUUGCCGCCUCAUGGACUGCCAAGCAAAACAAGAUGUUCGAGAAGGCCCUUGCGCUCUAUGACCAAGACACCCCCGACCGCUGGCACAACAUCGCGCGGCUUGUGGGCGGCAAGUCUGCUGAAGAAGUGAAGCGGUACUACGAGUUGCUUGUCGACGACGUCUUUCGUAUUGAGAACGACAAAGUCCCGAGUUACUACUCUUCCUCCCGCAACCCAAGAUGAAGAACCAAUUGGACUGUGGAUCUUCUAAAUGGUUGCGACAAAUUAAAUAGAGUAGAUAUGUUUGGCUUUACGAGUGUUAAUUAGUUAUGUGCCUCUUCAACUAUAUUUGUACAAAGAAAGCAUCAAGACUUUGUCCUUUUGUACUAAUUAAUUUUGCAUGUGGAAGUUCAAUAUAAUCUCAA